UUGUCAUUCAAUAUUUGAUUUCGCUUCGUAUCAUUUGAAGCGAUACCUUUAGUAGAAAAUUAUAUAGUUUUAGUUAAUAAUUCAAACACAAUGGAUGUCUUUUUAAUGAUUAGGCGAAAAAAAUUAACCAUCUUCACGGAUGCCAAAGAUACUACUACUGUUUUAGAGCUGAAGAAAAUGAUAGAAGGCAUACUAAAGGUUGCACCACCGAAUCAAAUGCUUUUCAAUAAAGAUAGCCAACUUAUGGAGGAUGACAAGACCCUGGCAGAUUAUGGACUGACAUCAGCUACAGCUAAGGCACAGUGUCCUGCACCAAUUGGCCUUGCUCUAAGGAAGGAAUCUGGCGAAUUUGAGGCUCUCGAUCUGACACCAUACUCUUCCCCACCGGAUCUACCAGACGUCAUGAAAUCUCAGGAAACAAACGGACAGGAACAGAUGGAUCAACACUAAAGGCGUACAGCGACUAACACGGAAGAUGUAUACUAACAAGGUCAUAAGAUAAAAUUUGAGUUCUCACUCAGGACUAAACUCAGUCAUGUCUACUAUUAAGAGUAGGCACCAUAUUUUGUUCUAUUUUGCAUAUUAACAUAAUUUGUUAAUUUAAUUUUUGAGAUCAACCAAUUUCUAUGCAGGUCUGUAAUGGAAAUUAGAACUCAGUGCAAAGUCAGCUUCACGAUACUAUUUAAUAAAAUACUCCUGUUGGAUGUACCUACCUGAUCAUUUUCAGCAACAUUUAUUUAUUCUAUUAAUGCAAAAUGUAUGUAAUGAAGUUGGCUUAAAAUUGUACACAUUUGCAUGCGUAUCAAAACUUACAGACCUGCACCAUGGAAACAUGCUUAUGAUUUUAUUUUUGAAUGGUGUUAAAGUCUUAAAAACACGGGUUAAUUAUAUAUUUUUUAAUACAUAUUAUCUAUCUUAGUUUUCUUCUAAACUAAUAUUCUACAAACCUUAACUCGUAAGUUUGACUUUUUUCACAUGCCGCUCAUUCAAGCUCUCAACUCUUUGGCAAUACUGUAAUCUAUGGUUAAGUAUGUAGAACUAAAAGGAUAUCGAAAAUCCAAGUAUGUAGAUCAUAUUUUGUAGAGUGAGGGUUGUUUUGUUUGAGUAAUGGAAAUCUACCAGAAUCUUAUUAUAAAAAAGAAUUGAGAGCAAAGUUUUUUAAUACUUAAAUGGGUGGUAAAGUGGGUUAAAAUGUAUGGUCGAAUUUUAGUUACGUGACUUAAAUUCUUUCAUUACUGCUCCCGGCAGUGAAUGUCCACGAUGUUAAGCAAAUAGCAGCUUAGUAUCGAAUUUGCUUAACAACAUUGUAUAUUUCUCAAUUUGUAUUAAUUUAUUUUUUUAAUAAAAAGUCCUAAUGCAGUGUAUACAGAUUUAAGUAAUGAAUUUAUGGCCACUAAAUUACUGCACAGCUUAACGCUUCUUUUAAUAUUUAGUAUACCACAUGUGUAUCUAACAUAAAAACGUAAUGUCCCAUCUGUAGAAUUACUAUAAUAUUUUUUUGCAACUAUUGCGAGACUGAUAUCAUAACUCAUAAGGUCACUAUAUACCUGUUAUUGUAAAGACAUCAAUGAUUUAAAGUAGAAUUUAAAGUUGACCUCUUCUUUAAUAUAUUUAACACAGUAAUUUUAUUAAAUUAAAAAACCCAAUAUUGAUUUGAAAUAGUAGCAUGUUACUUAAAAAUGCUCAUAUUAUAUUAUGUAUUCCUAAUGUACCAGAACUGCUGUAAAUUUUUGUUAGUAAUUUGUAUUGUAAGCAGUUUUCUAUGGGACCGUCGAAAAUGGGAUGUGGGAGGAAUCUGUCAUCUGAUUGAAAAAAAAAAUGUUUAUAAUAAUAUUUAUUCGUUUGAAUAAAAUACAGUAUGUGUUUGAGUAUUAAUCCAACUUUUGACAAUCAUUUUAUAAAAUAAUAAAGUUUUUGAUGUCAGUUUCUUAAAUAGCAAUAAUAUAAUUUUUACUUAUAACAAUAGCUAUAAUAUUUCUUUCUUGCUAAAAUUUCAACAUGUUUACAAAAUAUUAAUAAAGCUAAGUUGCCAGUUAAGAAUACGAAUUCGCGACAUUUAAUUUUAUGAAAAUUAUCAUAAUUAAUUGAUGAUAGUUUAGAAUGGAGUAUAGGUAAUAGAUAAUUUAAUAGGGUUAAUAUAGGGGCUUUUUAUAUUCGUGGAUCUUUAUGAUUCCUAUUUUAUUUUAAAAGUGGUUUUUGUUUGGCAGAUAAAUAUGGAGUUGUUUCUCUUUUUAAAUUUUUGUACAGUGUUUUACCUUAAACCAAAUUCAGAGCAAAAUCAAUAUAAAAUAUAUCAUAUUAGAUAACAAUACAAAAUUAAGUACUGUAGUUUUCUAUUAACUGUUGCAUGUUCUAUGACAUUGUAUUUGCGUGUCGGGUGUGCAACAUGCAUAGGUAUACCUAUGAAAAUCGUCGUUUUGCGCAUUUGUGAAUUUCAUAAACUAUACCAAAGUAUUUGUUAGUGCUUGUGAAAAAUGGUUUAAGGUAUUAUUGGUUAUUUGUUUGCAAGUAUGUAUAUUUUGAUGGAUAAUAUUAGAUUUAUAAUUCCUUCUGCCUUCAUACCUAUAUCCGUAACAAAGCUGUAAAUGCUUAGAGAUCUUUGGACACUGCUUUACACAUAAAUAUACACUAAAAUGGUAUUUCGGUGCGUAGUUAGUUAAUAUACAUUGAAAAUAAUAAUUAUCUCAAUACAUAUGUUUAAUAACUCCUUUAAAAUUUUAAUUAUUAUUAUUAGUGGCAGUAACGAGUGCACAAUCAAUAGGCAUAACUGAACUACUUUGAUCAAUAAAGAAUUAAAAAAUGUUGGGGCCUUAGUAAUAAAAAUAUUAACUUUCCUUUUAAGCUAUAUACUUAAUCCAUGUUCAUCUUUGACUUAUACAUUGGAAAAGUCAUUUGGCGGACAAUAACAUUCAUCUUAGUAUUUUUAUUAGUAAUGUCUCAAUAUACUGCGAUUUUGCGAUUUUGAAGCCAAAAAGAAACAUACAGUAUUGUUACAAAAAGACUUUGGCUUACUUAUUGUCAUCUUUAUUUGCCUCUUAAUUUUUAAUGUGAUGGAAGAAAGCAAUUAUUGUGUACCAACUGAACUAUUAACUAGAUAUUAGUCGUCACAGAUAUUUAUUUAUUUUAUUUCAUUCAUACAACUCGCUAUGUAAGGCGUAAGAUAAUUAAAUUAAUACUUCUGUAAAAGGUCAUUAUUAUUGGUAAACAUCAACUGUGCAACAAUUGUAGAACCUCUUGUAUGAGUAUUGAAAUUUAAAAACCCAGCAGGUAAUAAAGCUGUUUGAUUUGU